AGGCCUUGACGGGACCUGAAGAUAAGGAGGACGCUCUGAAGAGGGGCCAGUUCUUCCUCAACAGCAGAUUGGGUGGGCUUAUGUAGGGGCAAGGGGUCAUCUGGAGGUGGGUUAAAGGUCAACUGGAGGCGUAUCUCCCAGUGGCAGGAUGGCAGGGGUGAAUGGAGACCGUAAAGGGAAGAAAGAUGACAAUGGGAUCGGCACAGCAAUCGACUUCAUGCUCUCCAAUGCCAAGCUUGUGCUGGGUGUGGGCGGCGCAGCCAUGCUUGGCAUUGCAACCUUGGCUGUGAAAAGAAUGUAUGACCGUGCCAUAAGUGCACCCACCAGCCCCACCAAGAUGGAGCAGACGGGACAGAGAAGCUGGGAAGAGCCUGCCUGGAUGGGUUCAUCACCACGGGUACUCAACCAAAACAUGAAGUCCACAGUCAGCAGGUCCAUGCACUCUCUGCCCACUUCCUCCCAUGCUUUUGAACCAGACUGCCUGCGCAGGGCUGUGGGUCGAGCUGCUGUGGGAGGAAGUGGUGCCACUCAGUCGGACCUGCUGCGGGCCCGGAUGCGUCUGUCCCUGCAGGAACACCUGUGGGGGUUUUACCAAACUAAUGUCAACAUCCCUGCGGAGGAGCAGGCGACGGCCAGGCGCGCGGCACUGGACAUCUGUGCUGAACUCAGAGUGUUCCUUCAUGCCAAACUACCUGACAUGCCGCUCAGAGAGAUGUAUCUGAGUGGCAGUCUGUAUGACGACCUGCAGGUGGUGACAGCGGACCACGCUCAGCUCAUGGUGCCUCUUAUCCUGGAGAAGAACCUUUGGUCUUCCAUCCCAGGUGAGGACACCAUCAUGAACGUCCCGGGUUUCUGGCUCGUCCGCAGAGAGAAUUUGGAGUAUUUUCCUCGCAACAGCAGCUACUGGGACCGCUGCAUGGUUGGAGGUUACCUCUCGCCUAAAUCUGUCCUUGAAGUCUUUGACAAACUUGUAGCUGGCUCCAUAAACUGGCCGGCUAUAGGGAGCGUCCUCGACUACAUCAUCCGUCCCGUGGUCCCCUCAGAGACACUGACCCUGGAGGUGCAGUACGAGAAGAACCGGAAGCUGUAUGUGGACUUCUUGCCGUUACUCGUGAUGGAGGACGGGACCUCGCUGAUCGCGAAACCACAUCGGCUCGCAGCGGAGCGCCACGAGAACCUGUGGCGGCAGAGCUUCCGAGUGGCUGAGACGGCACGCCUCAGGGCGCUGGACCAGGAGGACGGAGGCUGCCGCUGCGCCUGCCUGAAGGUGGCGAAGGCCGUGUGCAAGCUCAACCCUGCCCUCAACACGCUCAAUGCAAGCCAGCUCACCAACGCCAUCUUGUUGCUGUGCGAAAAAGAAGGCGACUGGACGCAGGAAGCGCUGGCGGACCGCUUCCUUCAGCUGCUACGCUCACUAGUGGGACACCUUGAGGCUGGGAGGCUGCCAUGUGUCCUCAGCCCUAAAGUGAACUUGUUCUGUGAGCUGACUGAACAGGAGGUGGACGAGCUGGGGUACACGCUCUAUUGCGCCCUCUCAGAUCCUGAGGGGCUGCUGAGAACUGCUGCUGCAGAACCAGAACAUCCCUGACAACCUCAAACAGAAACAUAGCUUCAAAACAACACAGAAAUAUCAGACAGUUAUGUGGGCAUAGGGAUCAUCAUCAUGAGGUUCCUGGAAAAAAAAAAAAACAACUGCAUGGAAUCAUAUCUCCUUCAUCCUAAAAUGUGUCUUCACAAAAAAAAAAAAAAGAAAGGAAGCAAAUAUACACAGUAGCAGUUAUGUAAUGGUGAGAUCUGUAAAAGUCCUAACAUGAAAGCUGCUGUGGCGUGAUCAUAAUAAUACUAUUUUAAAUCUCAGAUGAAAGACGGCUGAUAACUGAAGCCAACGUAUUAAUGAGGUUGAAAGCAGAAUUGCUGUUUGGACGUUGUACAUCGGGUAUCGAAAUGGAAUCUGAGUACACUGUGCUUUAUAUUUGAGCCCUUUUUUUAAUCUGGGUUUUAGAAGACAGAGAUGUCUGAUGCAGGUAAAUGUUCUUCACUCUUGUUUUUUCUUUUUUCAUCUGUGUCUGUGCCACUGUGUGAAGGGUAAGAAUGUAACGUUGAUUGUGUGUAUGCCAACCAAAAAGCUAAUAAAUUGUUAAUCAGCCCGAAUGACUCGGCAUCCUCUGGAGUCCGUAGUCGGGCUACAGUGUGACAGAGAUCUGUAUAGAAUCAAGGUUUGGUGAGAUAACUUCAUUAAUAACAGUGGCUGCGGUUCAAGAGGUAUGCUUUACAUUUCCCCAGGGUUGUGUGAAAACAAACACAAGGCUGCGCUAUGACUGUUUGCAGCGUGCAUGUGUUACCUUGUCUAGAACUCAAAACAGGAAUAUAUGUUUUCUGUUUAUAAAAUUUCCAACUCGCGCUGUUCAGUUACUCUGAUGCAGUGUUGGAUGAACAUCCAGGGACAGUCAUUUAUGUGAAUGUGACAUUUGAGUCAUGAAAUCAGAACAAAACAGCAUCAUCAUGUGAUGUUUUUUGUUGGUUAUUUUGGUCAACAAAAUGUUUCCAUACGACUCUAAAACAGAGCUCCCCUUUGUUACGAACAGAACGCUCCUUCAGUCUCACAUUCAUUGCUUUGAUACCAAGCUCUGAUAAGCUUUACUUUUUCAUGUUUAUCUCUUACGACCUCCAUCUUGGGUUACUUUGCGCUGUCAAAAUGUCAAGGUACAACGGCUUAUGCUUAAUGAACUUUGUCAAAAUGCUUUGGUUUACUGGUUUUUUUGCUUUAAUUCAGAUUCCUGUUCAGUUCCCUUUUUAGGUUUCUGCAGACAUCUUCACUGUUUGCAGAACACUUUACCUGGAUCUUCGAAGAAGGAUUUGUGCAUCUGGGGAAUCCUCCUCAGUAUGACUUCUUUUACCUCUGUAGUUUGAUGUCUCUGUGGACACUCUUUAAGUCCCCAUUUAACCCUGAUUACCUUUUAGGUGCCAACCUGGCUCAGCCUGUCUGGAGUCGGUUGCCAGACACGUAUUAGUGCAGUACACUGGCUCGUUAUUGGUCAGUCAUCGUCCUAACAUCACCUGACCAGGAUUUAGAUGCGACCAGUAUUCUAAUAGAUUACAGGUGCUAAUCUCUUUUAGGUGUGAUGGGAUCAGGAUGGAUCUAUACACAUAUCCUGAGUAAAAUAAAGCAGCUUUGUUAGCCGAGGUGUCAGACCACUAUCGUAGCCGUGUAGGGGACGAAGCCGUCACACUUAAAAGGGGAAUAUUAUAACUACCCAAAACAUGCUGUCCAAAAUAAUCACAUUGUGGCGUUUUGUUCUCACUUUUAGCCUUAGAACAAAGGAAAAACAAAUGCAGUGAUAGGGAGCAGGUGUGCCCUCGAUUCCAAACCUACCGUUUGUAUUGUGUACAAAAUGGCGGGAUUUGGGUUGUCUAUAGUUCUUUUCUGUUGUGCUUUCAGUCGAUAAUCUUAAAAAACAGGUACAUAUUUUUGUAUUUAUUGUACAUUUGUAACUGAGAAGAGCCAAAUAUUUAUUUGCAACGAUUCAAUCCCACAUGUAAAGCAACACUCACUGUGCUUCAUUGUGUGUUUCGUUCUGGAAGUAUUGAUACGAGAUGAAUCCACGAGAGGUAGUGCUUAUUGUCUUCAUCAUUGCAGACCUAUUUUAUGCUACAAAUGACUACCGUGCUAAAAGAAGGGGACUCAAUGUAACACUUUUGUAAUGUUAUUUGUCAAACAAACCCAAAGUAGAUCACUACCUCUACCUUGUGGAGGGUGUAUUGGCCAUACGCUGUGUUGCAUGAUCUGUAUAUUACCCCAGCUUUCUCUUUUUAGUUCAGCUCUGGAGUUGAAUGGUGCAGCACUUUGUAUACUUCAAUAAAUGUUAAAAACAGUA